GAUUUGUAGCAACAGAUGAGUGAAAGUCAACUGAACCUAUGGCCUUCCAGUUUGAACGCUGCUAAGAUAUGUGUGUCCAAUGGUGUUGUAGGGAAGGCGGGGCUACAGGUCAACCUACCUUGCUUUUGGUGGAACUUCCAACGUUGAUGUUUACAACAGUGUAAUGGAUUUGUUUAUGCAACACAGCUGACGUGAGGCAGGCUGACACGGGAUAGCAUUAAAAAGGCUGACCUCUGUGUUACUGCUUUGUUUACUGGCACAGACUUACAAGUCGACUUUCGGACGAAGCUCAUCUUGAAGUUCUUUAGCACAGAGUUCUGUCAAUUCUUUGAGUGCAGACUGCAUUAAUGUGUCAGCUUGGAGGUAUGCAUAAUGUAUGUCAGUGGUUAGCAUAGAACACAGAUGGGUCAGGUACUGUGGAGGCUGCCUCCCAGACAACAGCAGCAGCUACAGGAAGAGCUAGCCGACCACCUAGGAGGAGGAAGACGAGAGCAAGGGAGAGAUGGCGGUCCCCAGAGAAGAGCUCCACAGCACUGCUAUGGCCCCGACAUCUACCAUCUGCUGAGAACACGCAGGGGAGGUAAAGAACAACAUGGUUUUAUAGAUUUGGAGAUGCUGCCACCUGAAUUAGGUAUCACCAUACUGUCGUACCUGAAUGCUACUGAUCUGUGCCUGGCCGGCUGUGUGUGGCAGGACCUGGGAAAUGAUGAAUAUUUAUGGCAAGGAUUGUGCAAGUCCACAUGGGGACACUGCUCCAUCUAUAACAGAAGAUUACCUGCUGGUUUCUCAUAUAGAAGACUGUACCUACAACUGGAUGAAGGCAGCCUGACAUUCAAUGCUAACCCACAGGAGGGUAUCAGUUAUUUCAUGUCUAAAGGUAUACUGGUGGAUCAUCCGACUGAGCUGGCUAAGUUCAUUUUCUACACCAGACGUCUCAACUGGAAGAUGCUGAGGAUUUACCUGGAUGAAAGGCGGGAUGUCUUGGACGAGUUGGUGACUCUCCAUAACUUCAGUAACCAGUUCCUCCCGAACGCACUGCGGGAUUUCUUCAGACACAUCCACGCUCCAGAGGAGAGGGGAGAGUAUCUGGAAACCCUCAUCACCAAAUUCAGCCAUAGGUUUUGCACCUGUAACCCUGGCCUUGUCCGAGAGCUGGGUCUCAGUCCAGAUGCUGUGUACGUGCUGUGCUACAGUCUGAUCCUACUGUCCAUUGACCUCACCAGCCCACACGUGAAAAACAAAAUGUCAAAGAGGGAGUUUAUCAGGAACACUCGCAGAGCAGCACAUAAUGUUUCGGAUGACUUCGUAGGCCACCUCUAUGAUAACAUAUACCUGAUUGGCCACGUGGCUGCAUAGCUCCACCGACCAGCUGUCCGUACUGCACUGAAGAAUAGGAAUUGGUGAUUGAGUUCCUACACAUGUCUGGAAAUCAUGGAACACUGCAAAAAAUGGAUUUGAACAAUUUCCACAUCCUACAAGGAAAAUAACAAGUAAAUCUUUCUGGAAAGAUUAGAAAAACUAAUAAAAUUUGCCACUCCACUGUGAGAAAGACUGUGCUACCAAAUAUUAGUAAUGUUAUUUGAGUUUAAUCAAAGGUGUGAAACAUCUGGAAUGUCUUUCAAACCAAGUCACUGCGAAAAGAAAAGACAAGCUCUGAUACUGCACUGAUGAAUAGGGACUACUGACCGGUGAAGGGAGGAGGAGUGCUGCCCUCAGCCUGAUUUUGAUGACAGGACAGUUGUGCUGGUUUCCUGUUGGCCAGGAGCCGGUUUUCGUACAUCAGCAGGACAAAGCCUGGCCCAUUCCUGUUGGCAGUGACAUGGAACAGUAAAAUGAUGCUAACAGAAGUUCACUCUCUAAUGUCAUGAUAUAAUGAUGCAACAUUCAAGAUCUUCUUUAAAUCAAAUUAACCUGAUACAUUAUCUGGUGGUAAUAAGUGACCUGGUUGUCUGUGGCUCAGGUCAGUUUGGGAGUGAAUGGAGGAACGCAACAUUGGGCUUCAUGCAAGACAAGUUUUGUAUCCAUCCAUCAUCUAUAUACCACUUUAUCCUCUGUAGAGUCGCGGGGGGCUGGAGUCUCUCCCACCUGACGUAGGGUGAGGACAGGUCACCAGUCUGUCACAGGGCUACAUAUAGAGGCAGUCAAAAGAAAACACAUUCACAUUCACACCUAAGGACAACUUAGCCUUACCAAUUAACUUCAGCAUGUUUUUAGAAUGUGGGAGGAAGCCAGAGUACCUGGAGAAAACCCUCACAUGCACAGGGAGAACAUGCAAACUCCACGCAGAAAGAUCCCAUAUGAAGAUUUAAACCCUAAUUAUUUUAUUUAGUUUUUUGUUUUUUUGCUCUUUUGGUCAUUUUCAUAAAUUGGACAUUUCAGCCAGAUUGCCACCUGUUCACAAGUGAGGUAGUAGUAAUGGGAUUCGAUUAUUUUCAUGGCCACAGUGUUGCCAUGUGGGGCUGCCUGUCUGCUUCACAGUAGAAGAAUUUCAUACUACGUUUCUAUCAGGACUGAAACAAAAACAUAACAAACUGCCUAUUUUGAAUAACCACUGAACUAUGUAAAUUCCUUUUAGUCAGACUGAUUUUUUUGGUAUGAAUAGUUCGUGCAUGAAGCCCACUGUCUUGAUUGGCAUACUUUGAAAUUAUUUAACACAAAUGUAAAUCCUGAAACCUGCUUAGAUUCAAAAUGGAAUGUUUUAUUACUAGAUGGACACUCAACAAAGUGUUCUGGAUCGUACCUAAAUUUAAUACGUUCUUCCUUUGACCACGCUAAACAUCUUCAUCAAGUUGAAUGAAAUUCUUACUAGUUUUACUGACAGACAAACAAAUACACUUAGAACUUUGGCAGAGGUUAAAAAAAAAUCCAAAGGUUGUAUGGUUAAAGCCAAGUGAAAAAUGCAUGUACAAUUUGCAGUUAGUUAAAUGGAGUUAAAAAUGAAUGUGUGAAGAGUUUCCUCUGUGUGACCUUAGGGGGGUGUAUCAUAAUGAUUGACAACAGUGACAGAGAUGGACCUGACUGGAAAUCUGCCAUAAUUUGCCAGAAAAUGACUCAAAGACAGAAAAUGUUAAGUGAAGAAAUGAAUGUAAAGCAAUGGAAGGACAAAACUGUGGAUGACAGUGUGGUGUAUGAGGUUCAUGAAGUUCUUGUGUUUUGUUAAUAAUAUUGCCAUUUGUCAUGUUUUUGCACAGUACACACACAUUUACCCCAUUUGCUACGUAUUUAGUUUUAGUUCCUGUGGUAAUAGGCUUCCACUCCGCUCCACUGUUGCUGCCAUGACAUAAUAGCAUCUGUCAUUUUUUGAUUUGAUGUGACUUUUUACAACAACUAAUACCUGCUGGAGAUGCCGUUUGUCUAAGGUAGUGUCAUCUUUCCAAAAAUGAAUGAGAAGACAUAAUUGUGCAUUUUAGACACCCAACCUCAAGCUUCAUUCAGGUUUACCUUUAUGCUAACAGAGCACAGCUUGGAAAAAUUAGCAGUUAUUCUAGCAGUGUGCUUAGCAGUGUGGUACAGUAAUUGGUGACAUAUGCAAAAUUUACAAUGAAGCAUUUGUCAAUUUAAUGUCAGUAUAUGAGCUGUUUUCAAUGGAGUUUUGAAUGAUUGGAAGCCUAUUACACCUGGAUGACAACACUACAGUAGAGACAAUGUGUUAUUAGACUGGCAAAUACAUACAGAAUAUAUUGCAGCAGUAGAAGUUUGUAAAAGCCAAUCUGGAGAAAUGGAAGUCUAAAAUAUAGUCUUAAAUCAGAAUGUUUUGAUGACGUCCAACAUUCAAGUACACAGCUGUUGGAUUUUAAAAGUAAACCAGUCUAGCAAUAAUGCCCAUCAGACUUGAGUGAAGCAUGACAGUAACUCUGCUAGUAGCUUCUACCAACGAGUGCCAGCAGCUAGCAUGUAGCCGCAGCUAACAGUGAAGUAUCACAGUGCCCACUGAAUGUAACCAUAGAAAGACAAGGUGACACAAGCAGUUUUCCAUUUAUACUUAUUUUUGUGUUACAGUGUGUUGUAAUACAACCAACAUAUAUUUAUUGUUUUUACUGUUUUCUGUCCAGAUAAAUCUCUUAAUUAGGUUGUAAAUCUGACCACAUUUGAAGUCAUUUAAUUGAAGAUUUAUUACUGUUGAUUUAGAAUUAGGAUUUUAAUGUUUACCUUGAAUUAUAAACUAAAUCCACUUUCUGUAGUGUGAUUUUAUUUUAUUUCCUUUCUGGUUACUAGAAGUCUAUAACAGACAAAAUGCACUAAGAAAUCAUAUUAAAUCUGGCCUUGAUUUUA